UCUGGGGUCAAGGCAACACAUACAACACACUGGAGGAAAUCAGCAGGUCAGACAAUAUCCAUGGAAACGAGCAGUCAACGUUUCGGGCUGAGACCCUUCAUCAGAGUCCUGACGCAAUGUGGCGUAGUCCUGGGAUCAUUCCUGCUGAUCAGCAGCUCCUGGUUGGCACACAGCUCCAGUGUAAUGCUGAUUGAAGCGGCAAUUUCAGCUAAAUGCAAAACAUACUUUGGUCUCGCUCAAGCCUCGUAUGGAAUAGCUGGAAAAUUGGUGGUGGAAAUAAGCAUGAUCGGCUUAUUGCUGGGGACCUGCAUCGCUAUCUUUGCUUCCUUGGAAGAUCUGGUAGCCAUCCUCUUCCUGAAGUUGACUGGAUCCCCAAUUACAACUUGGCAGCUUUUUUUAUUACUAGUCGCCAUCACCACAGUGUCAGUUCUCCCACUGAGCCUACAGAAAAAGGUGUUCAAUUCAGCCUGGCAGUCGCUGAUCUCCACCGUAUUUUACAUUUUCUUAACUUUAGUGCUGGUGAUAAACUGCCUAAUUUCAGCGCUCUCUGGUGGGUUGAUACUGGAGAAGGUCCACUUGUGGCACUGGUCUGGAAUUCCUACGUGUCUGCCGAUACUCGCCACCUCGUUCUGCAGCCACCCACUUGUGCUUCCAAUAUACUUCAACUUCCACGGGCAGACAGAGGAUGAGGCGAAUGCAGCAUACAAGCAAGCAAGCAUCACUGUUGUCAUUUUCUACAUAAUGGUUGGAUUAAGCGGCUACCUGCCCUACGCUGGAUCUGUACCAGGAAACAUCCUUGCUGCUCUGUCUCCAAGUCUUGUAACAGAUGGUAUACGUGCCAUUUUUUUGAUGUCCCUCACAUCAAACUUCCCACUGGUCAUUUUACCGUGUCGUCAAGCCAUAAACACGCUCCUUUUCGAAGAUAAGGAGGAUGGCAUAUUUUCAGUGAGUGGUGAAAUGACCUUUCAUCGACAUGUCAUAAUUACAGUGCUGAUUAUUUACUGCACAUUGAUAAUGGGUGUCCUGGUGCCAAAUGUGCAGACUGUGCUGGCAGUAAUGGGAACCACCAUGGGGAGUAUCAUCUGUUUUAUUUGUCCAUCUGUGAUUUAUGCAAAACUACAUAAAGACACUUUCAAAGGAAGAAUAAUUUUGGGAGUGGGAAUCGUGUUCCUGUUCAUCCGUACAUCCAGUAUGUCUGAUUUUACCACAUCUGAAUUGUUGCUGCAACCAGUUCGUAAAUCCAUUGUGGCUGAAGGAACGAGAGGUAUAAAACUAACAAACAUGACUGCAGGACCUUAAUCGAUCUCUUCAAGUGGAGUGGAGAAUGCAAACAAACCUGCAUUCAAGGAGUUGAAAAAUGUACAACAACGCCAUCAACAAAGAAGAUCUGAGCAUGAGGAAUUGCCUGUUUAGAUAUUGAGUACCCCUUCACCAUGGGGAAGAGAACUUUUUGAAAGAACCGGAAGGUGCAAUGUGAAUGAAGGUAUUUAUGUUUUAGCAGACAAAGGAUGAAAACAACAAAGGCAAGGUACACACACAGAGAAUUGGGACCCAGAUAUGAAGAAGUUUCCCAACACAUUGAAAUGAAAUUGGAAAACCCCAGAUUGAAUUUGAACGACGGCGACUGACACUAUUCUUCUUAUCAGCAAAACAUUAAUCAAGAGAUACCAUAAGUGAACGUGUGCAUUAGAGAAGCUCAGGUUACCACACAGUGCAGAGUUGAUGAACAGCAGCUAGGCACCUUGGAGCAGAUACCACUUGUACUUUAUGUAUUAAACACGUACAAGAAGUUUUUUUGCACAUGUUGCAAUGUGAUAGCAACAAUUUCCGUUGGAAGUGCCGCCCAUUGAGAGCUUUGUUCAAUGCUCACUCCAGUGAUGUUGGCUUUUCUUCCAGCAUCAUUUAUGCACUUGCACCCUACUCUCAUUUCUGUCUUGCCACAGAAAUUGGAGCAAUAGUGUGAUCUUAAUUCCUAGCACAACAAAGAGUAAGUCAUGGACAAUAUGAAUGAAAGGAUCUUGACUGGGACAUCGAUGAGCUGCUGUCCGCCUGUUUCUGUUAAAGAGUUCAAUUUUUGUAAAAUGUGUGUCAUGGUGCUUAUUGCAAACUUGAAGUCAUGUACAUAACAGAUAUAGUUCAAUAGUUCAAUCAUUCCAUUUAAUAUCAGAGAACGUAUACUAUAUACAACCUGAAAUUCUUGUUCUUCACGGACAUCCACAGAAACAGAGGAGUGCCCAAAGAAUGAAUGACAGUAUAAACAUUAGAACCCCAAAGGCCCCCCCCACUUCCACCUCCCACACACAAGCAGUCGCUGAGCACUGACCUUCCCCCUCCCCCAGUUACUUCAACAAAAAGCAUCAGCACACUCCACCUAUUAAGCAAGCAGUAGCAAAGCCCCCGAGAAAGACCAUGAUCUUCAGAACAACAAAGAUGAAUCCUUCGCCCAACAAUUCAAUCUGCCACGGGCUCUCUCUAUCCUUCAUAAGGGGAAAGGGAGGUGUCUCUGAGGUGUCACUCUAUGAGAGGGGAGACAUAGACAAAACAACUCGCUGAUUUAAAGUGUUAGAGUGUGCCAUGUCACUUUUUCUGUUCUCUGAGACGAGAAUCAGCAACCAGUGAGAGAAGAAGAGAGAGGCGAUCUGAGUACAGAGGCCCGACAGCUGACCUGCUGUUCCCGAUAUUCUGUUUUCUCCUGCGACGCUUCAUUCAGCGGUACUAGCAUAGAAUCGGCUCAUCCUCAGGGCCGUGAAGCCUCAGAACUUUGAAGGCGCAAUCGAGGGUGUGCCCUUAGGAUAUCAAUAAAAAAAUGGCCGGUCGGUGAGCCCCCAGGAGCGGGAACCAUCGUCAUAAAGAACAGAAAUUUGAGUGCAGGUCUAGGUCAGGGUCUUUGACAGAACCCCAUCCACCUUAAAGAGGAAAAAGAGAGACACUAAAGGUAGAAAUAAGCUGUUUCUGCAGAGGAGCUCGAAGAAGUCACUGUCUAGCGCUGUCUGUGUUGUGUUUUCUGGCAAAAUGGCGCGGCAUGUGUGACACAGGUCUCUAUAAAGAUGAUUAUAAUGGAGUUUGGGGUGGGGUUGCCCUACACCUAGAGAGUUCACAUGUCUGCGUUUUCCCUGUGACCUUGAUAUCUUUUUACGCCACUGCACUGUAAAAACCAUGGAUCCAGUUCAUGUAGUCUGUAACCUGUGCUCCAUGAAUCCAAGUAGCAGCUGCAAUCUCUACAGGCAUCUGUGAGAGUCACAAUUUAAUGCAUCAGCCACUGAUUUUUAUUUAAAGGUAGAUUUCUUAAUUUUUGUAUUUUUUGGAUGUCCCUCAUCCAGUGUAAGCAUCAGUUUAGUGGAGCAGAUAUGAGUAAAAUCCCAUUUUUGUGGAAAAUCUACAAUGAGACCCAAUGAUUUUUCCUCAAAAUGCACUUUUGAAAUAAUAAGCUUAUUUACAUUAUUAUCCAAAAGUCGACGCACAGGCAAUGGUGCAAGUUAUACCACAUCUGAGUAUGAUGCUAAUAACUCAUUUCAAGUAGUGUCUUUAAAGUUGUGUUAUAUAUUAAACAAAAACUCUCAACCAACUGUUUUGUACAUGUCUCAAAUGGUAAUCAGAGAUGUGGCUAUCAUUUACUGAGCAUUUUAGCCAGGAUUUUAUGGAUACAAUUUACAGUC